GCACGGUUCAGUACGGAUCGGUGCAUCGGUCGUUCGGUUCUUCGUCGUCGUCAGGCAGUGUUUUUUGGUGGAAGAAAAGAGUGUGGUGGAGACACAGCAUGGCAUGGAAAAUUGAAAAGCUAAAUAGAUUUUCCCAUUGCGAUUGAGAUUGCAAUUAGCUCGGUGCGUACCCAAGCGGUAAAUUAGGCCAAGAGGAGGCUCCCAAGCGGUGCAGUAAUGUCGGGCAGACGGGCCACAUCUCUGCCGGCACACAUGUUGGAGCCGGCAAAACCGGAACGUGGACGCUGUGUGGCGGCCAUCUGUUUCUCCUGGAAGAUCAUCACCUGCAUUGUGUCCCAUGUGCUGCUCGUCCUGCUGGUGGUCUCCUACUGUGUCGGUGGGGCGUAUCUCUUUCAGCAUUUGGAGCGGCCACAUGAAUUGGAGGUCAAGCGUGACAUUCAGCAUCUUCGCUUUAAUUUAACGGAGAACAUUUGGCUUUUGUCCGACGAUGCUUUGGUCUUGCGGGAAAGCGAUUGGAUGGCGAAUGUGAGCAAACAUUUGGCCAAUUUCGAGAAGCAAAUCCUCACGGCCAUCAAGGCGGAUGGCUGGGACGGGGAUGAGGAUCUGCGCAAGUCCCAGUGGACCUUUGCCGGCUCUCUCUUCUACUCGAUCAUUGUGAUCACAACGAUAGGCUAUGGACACAUAUCACCGCGCACCGACUGGGGCAAGGUGACAACGAUUUUCUAUGCCAUCGUUGGCAUCCCCCUGAUGCUCAUUUGCCUGUCAAACAUCGGGGAUGUGAUGGCCACGUCAUUCCGGUUCCUCUACUGGCGCAUCUGCUGCUAUGUGUGCACGCGGACAGCCAAGCGGCCGAGGAAUGCCCGCUCCAGGCAGCGUUCGGUGAGGGGACAGCGGCACGCACGCUCCCAGCCGCCGCCCUCGUUCCGGCGAUCCAUGAAGAUGACACAGCGGUCGGGCAAUGACUCCGGGUUUGGUCCCUCCAUGGGGCAUGCCCACUCCGAUCCAGAACUACGCACCAUGGGGCGAGGCGGCGGCGGCGGCUACGAUGAUCGCGAGUUUGGCCACCGCAGCAGUGGAGGACGCAAUCGGCGACAGCAGCAGCAUCAGCACCAGCAGAUGGCACCACAGCCUCGCCAGCAGCGGCACAACAUCUACGGGGAUGAGUACGAGAUGCAGACGCAGACACUGAACCGUGGAAAUCGCUACAGCAGCCGCCAGCGGCAGCGGGAUCGAAUGCGGGAUCGUCACACGGUGGAGCGGGAGCGAUAUCGGCACGAUUUUGAUGCGGGUUCCAUGGAGGAUUUCAGUGAUCUGCAGCCACAGGCCAAGAGAGCCGCUAGUGUGCGUUCCGUCCGCUCGCCACAGCAUCAGGAGUCCAAGGCAUCGCGGGAGCUGCAUCGCCUGCACUCUGCGCCUGGUCGCGGUGCCCGUGCCAAGUCCGUGGAUCCGCGGCAUGUCUCCUCGCAGCACUACGAAGACGUGGAUGAGGAUGUGGUGCGCAAGACUCCGAUUAUACCCAACAGAUACGCCUUGGACGACUUUGGAGGCCAGCAGCGGUCGAGGAAUGCAGCGCCGCGAAGUCAAUCAAUGCCUCGAUCGGCGCACCAAAGGCAGCGACAGAGAGAUCGCGAAAGGGAACGCUCCCCACAGCCGCCGCGGAACGGAGGACGACGCGCCGGCAGCCUGGGACGGCAAUCCUCACGCUAUGGCAACCACUUGGAGCUGCCCGACUACGAUGAUCCGCCACGGGGCUCUUCCAGGGAGCAUCGCAGAGGUCGACGUGGACGCUCGCCCCGCAACUACGAGGAUUAUGUUGAGGAGAGCUUCGAUGAGGGUUCCAUGUGCGACGGCGGCCACUACGAGGACUAUCCGCCCGCGCAGAGCAAGUCGAGGAGCCGCGAACCGCGACGCAAUCAUCGUCGAAGGGAACGCGCCGAGCGUCUGCCUCCCUCGCCGCGCAUCAUGUCGCCCAUGGGUUUCCCUGUCCAGCGGCAGAUUCGCCGUCGUCCCAGCUACGAGUACGAUGAGGAUGACUCCAUGUAUGGGGAUGAUUACGGGGACUAUGGUGAUCUCCUGCCCAAGGAUCGUCCCGUUCCCAUCUGGCUGUGCGUUUUCCUGGUCGUCAGCUACAUCCUCGGAGGCGCCGCUCUGUUUGCCUACUGGGAGAACUGGUCCUUCCUGGACUCGGCCUACUUCUGCUUCAUCACGCUGACAACAAUUGGAUUUGGCGACUUUGUGCCUGCCAAGGGCGUCAAGGAUGAGUCGGAGCAGUCCAUUGCAUAUUGCUCGUUGUAUUUGCUCUUUGGCAUUGCGCUCUUGGCCAUGAGCUUUAAUUUGGUCCAGGAGGAGUUCAUUGCGAAUGUCAAGGAGGUGGCACGUCGUCUGGGCAUACUCAAAGAUGAUGAUGAUGAGGAUCGCGAUGAGGAUUAAAAGUAUUUAGCUUUAGGGAACUGCAUAAACAUUUUUGUUGCACUUUUAAUACAGAAAAUCGGAAUAUUUCGGUUGAAAAGGUUAAAUGUUGUGAAGAUUCACACACUUUUCAUGGCAAGUUCUUAGGAUAUAGCUACUAUAUCUUCGUUUAAAGCUUAAAUUAUAAAGUAAUUUAAGUUUCCUUUAGUUUGCAACAAAUCUCAAAGAAUGCAAAUGGAACACGAAAGUUCGUAAAAAAUAAGUUUCUUAUAAUUUAAAAAGGAAUAUUGAAUCUUACAUUUAAUAUUUCUCAAUAUUUGCAUUAAAAUCUCAAGAAAUGAACUCUCAAGAUCGCAAACAAAACCUUUCCUUGAGUGUACACAACUUUUUUAAGUGAAUUCUUAAGUGUUAUACCCAAGGUCGAAGGCAAGGCUUGGGGUUUGCUUAGCAUUAAGUUUAUUUAAUUAUUAAAUUGUGCAAUAUACAGAAAUACAAAACGAGAAA